AAUACGUGCUAUAGCUGCGUCUCUACUCGAAGAAAAUCAAUAUCCAUCAAUGGCUUCGGUUAGAGUCCAGAUGGAGAGCCCGAGACCAGCCAUCAUCAUAAGCAAUUGUAAGAGGAAUAAAAAUUUCAUGGUGCUUGCGCGGAUUGCCACGUUAAUUAUGCUUUUAGUGCCGUCCUCGCUGCUGCUUCUACUUCAAGAGCAGCACAUGAUCUCAGAGCUCAGGGUAGAUGCGGACGUGACUAAUUACGUGGACUACAAGAUUUGGGCCCAACCAAAUAGUGAGGGUUUUCACCAAUGCAUUCAGCCCUCAAAAAACAGAGAAAGAAAUCCUGUAAAGGCAACAAAUGGCUAUCUUGUAGUUCAUGCCAACGGUGGUUUGAAUCAGAUGAAGAUGGGGAUAUGUGACAUGGUAGCAGUAGCAAAACUCAUGAAUGCAACGUUAGUCGUUCCUUAUUUUGAUCACACUUCAUAUUGGAAAGAUCCUAGUGAAUUUGGAGAUAUAUUCGAUUUAAAGCAUUUUAUUAAAACUUUGGAAGCUGAUGUUCGGAUAGUAAAGCGUCUACCAGCUAAGUAUAAAGGAAUGCAAGCCCACGUUAUGAAACCAAGAUCUUGGUCUAAGGCUUUUUAUUACCAAAAAGAACUUUCAAAAAUUUUGAAGCAGAAAAAGGUGAUAGAGUUUGCAUUCGCAGACGCUCGGCUUGCGAAUAAUGAUGUCCCACGUCCUAUUCAGAAACUUCGUUGCCGAGCAUGCUACAAAGCGCUUCGCUUCACAGAUAAAAUCCAGGAGCUAGGAAAUACAGUGAUUUCGAGGCUCAGAGCUACAGGGAAUCGUUAUCUUGCUCUUCAUUUAAGAUAUGAGAAGGAUAUGCUAGCCUUCACAGGUUGCAAUCACAACCUCACCUCAAGCCAAGCAGAAGAACUAAGACUCCACAGACUAAGUGUUGUUCGUUGGAAAGAGAAAAAUAUCGAUGGGGAUGAAAAAAGAAGAGAAGGGAGAUGCCCAAUGACUCCAAGAGAGACUGUAAAAUUUCUAAAGGCCAUGGGAUAUCCAAGCUCUACAGUGAUUUACAUUGUAGCGGGAGAAAUCUAUGGAACAAACAGCUUGGAAAUUAUCAAAGAAGAGUACCCGCGCCUUUAUACACAUCAUAGUUUAACUACACCUGCAGAAAUGGGAGCUUUGAGGGUGUUAAAUAAUCAGCUGGCUGCUUUGGAUUAUAUUGUGGCACUCAGCAGCGAUGUUUUUGUUUACACUCAUGAUGGUAACAUGGCUAAAGCCGUGGAGGGGCACAGGAGGUUUGAGGGUUUUCGGAAGACAAUUUCUCCUGAUAGGAGAAAAUAUGUGGAGCUUAUUGACCGGUUUGAUAAUGGGGAGAUGAAUGAGAUUGAGUUUCAAGAGAGGGUGAAGGAGGAACAUGAAACUAGGAUUGGGGGUCCUUUGAUGAGGCGGCGUGGGGAAAUACCAAAGCAAGAAGACUACUUUUAUGCAAACCCUUUGCCAGGUUGCAUUUGUCACUGAAAUUAUACUUUGUAUUGUUUAUAAUUUGUAUUCUAAUGACCAGUUUUGUUUUUUUUUUUUUUUCUCGAGACA